GCAUCGACUGUUCCAUUGCAGUGUCCCCCACACGGAUCCACCUGUAAAGCUUCUGUCCGACCUGCCCAUCCCUCACCCACUCCGACGUCAGUCAAACGGCCCUCUUGGUGUGCAAAGCCAGCCGUUACUAAACCUUCUCCGCUCUGAGCUCCCUCGGGAUGCUGCCUUUACGAACCACAAUUGGGUUGCGCCUUCCCCAUCACUACACCAAACCACGACGACCCACCAUCCACUAUAUCAUGGACAGCGCCGACCGCUUUCGCCAGCCUGGUCUCGGCAACUACCCGUCAAUAGGCCAGCAGUACAAUGGCCAGCAGAACCAGCUGCCCACGCUGCCGCCUCUGCAGAGCGCCGGCCAGUAUCAGCCCAUGUACGGCCACAACAGCAACCCUCACACUCCCCAGCCGCCGCAUACCCCCGUGACUUCUGCCUCUAAUGGCAGCUCCACGAUGCCGCCGCUGCAGCACCCGCCGCUGCGACCUCUCCAGCCCACGCCUUCAUACCUGCCCAUGACUUCGGCCUACUCACAGGCGCCCAUGCUGUCCACUGCAGCUGCCCACUCCAACACCCACCAGCUCGGCCCUUCGCCAGGCAUGGGAUUGGGACACGCGUCCAUGUACACACACACGCCUGUGCUUCCCAACCAAGAGCCUGAGCCGGUGCACGUUGUCGGUCAGCAAGGCCGCCGCGGAGUCCUGCCUACGCACCCUGGUAGGCCCGCGCCCGCAGCAGGCAAGACGCCCACUGCUGCAACCAAGAACGCAGAGGGCAAGUACGAGUGUCCUCACUGCAACAAAACCUACCUUCACUUGAAACAUUUGAAGCGCCAUCUUCUGCGCCAUACCGGUGAGCGACCGUACCAAUGCCAUCUGUGCAAGGACACGUUCAGCAGGAGUGAUAUCCUCAAGCGCCACUUCCAAAAGUGCUCCAUAAGGCGAGGCAACCCGACGGGCGCAAACCACCUGCAGCACGCGCAGCAACAUUUGCAGAAGAACCGACAGCCUAGUGGCGCCGAGCAAAACUCGUACCUGAACCACAUCGGGGCGAACAACAUGUCGUACGCCGAUGCCGGUGGUUACACAAUGGGCCUACCGCAGAUGCCUGCCAUGGGCGGCAACGGCUUUAGCGACAACUUGCCCUCGCUCAACCACCAGAGCAUGUCUGCACGCACAUCGCGCUCAAACAGCUUGAUGCGCCCUAGCAGUGGCGUCGAGGACAGCGCCCAUCGCCGGAGCAUCUCCGCCAUGGACUUCCAGAGCGCGAGGAUGAACUUCAACGAUUAUCGUCCGGAUGGUGUCCCCAAUGGCUAUGGUCAGCAGCAACAACCACCCCAAGCUACCAGCAACGGGUCGGAUCCUAGCACCCACUACAGCUACGACCAUGGUUCCAACGGCUCCAUGGCACCGCAGAACGGCAUGCCGGUGAAGAGCGAGGCCGGUGAGUCAACCUCGUACGGAGUUUCGACACUGCCCAACGUGGACGGCAUGAACAACGGCCAGGAUGGCUCGCUAUGGCGGAACGGAUCGUUCAACGGCGAUAUGAAUAAUUCCAAUGAUACACCAAAUGAUACUUUGUUCGGACUAUACUCGCAUGCUCCCGGCUUGGUCGACUCUUCCCCAAUGAUUGACAACUGGUUUAUUGGACCUGCCACGUCUGAUCCUCUCCACAACCUGGCUCGUUCGCUGGUGAAUUUUUGCUUUCCGAAUGAGUCUGUGCUGCCAAAUCAAUCAGGAGAGGACUUCGCCCACGAAGCACUCAAAAAUAUCUUAACGGGAGACAACGUAAAGGAUUUCCUACACGAAUACAGACACUAUCACUCACACUGGCCCCUGAUACACAUUGCAACAUUUGAUCCGUUUUCCGCCAACCCUGGGCUUGUGCUAGCAAUGUGUUGUCUUGGUGCUGUUUACUCUGACAAAAUGGCUUGGGAGGCGAAGAAUUCAGAAGACUGUGCCAAUGCUCUGGGUUUGAGAGGAGUAGCGGCGCAGGCUGUCAACGAGUCCGGAAGCAGGCGAGCGAAGCAGUUGGCCUUGUCUGAAGCAUUAUGUGUACUCAAUGGAGCCUGCCCAGGGAAAUUCCCUGAGCGGGCUACUAAUGUCUUUGGAAAAUUCAUUCUCAUCCAUGCUAUCCACGCCCAAAUCUACAAUAUCCAACGUCAGCUUCUCCAACGCAACACAUCAAGCGGUACAAGCACGCCUCAGUCUCAGGGUGGAAGCCCAGCCACACCACCUAACGGAGUCAACGAACAAGUACAGAAUCAGCUUCGCUCAACAGUCGGUGCUUUGCAACUAUGGAAGAAGUGCUGGGAUGAAGACCUUGCCAUUCAAUUUCCCCACAACCAACGUCGACGUGGCUUCUGCCGCGACGGCAUCCACUUCUACUUCCUAGCACAGACUUUCCUUCGGCAAUCUCGACCUGAAGACUGGGCUGCGCCUGCAGAUGCACGGUGCCGCCACGUAUUCAGCCUCUUGAAGCAUAUCAGGCAUUACAUUGCUUCCGACUCUGCGCAAAAAGGCAUUGAAAUUGGUGCCAUGACUCAAGUGGCCGACGACUACGCUAUUGCCGACCUUACCCUGAACAUGAAACGUCUCUUCACCCCACUCGACGAGCAAUGA